AUGAUUACGACGGCAAACACUGUGGUGUCUGUCACCAUUGAAGACGUGAAUGACAACCCGCCAAAAUUUGAGCAGGAUGAGUACACGGUGUCUAUUCUGGAAAAUUCACCACAGGACCAGUUUGUGCUUCAGACUAGAGUCACUGAUCUAGACCUGGGAGGAUUUGUGGGAACAAUCCGGAUUAUUCCAGACUCUGUCCCUUUUUCAAUCAGCCCUGAUGGAAUAAUUCUGGUGAAAAGCUCAGUGGACCUAGACAGAGAGACCACAGUUAGCUUCAGUUUUCAAGUUGAAGCACAAGAAAGCCCUCCUUCUACCGACAAAGCAACAGCAGAUGUGACCAUUGUCUUGCUGGAUGAGAAUGACAACAGUCCACAGUUUACAACUUCCAACUAUGAGGGCAAAGUUUUCAGCAACCAGACUGCUGGAAUGCAGGUUGUCAAGGUCGAGGCAGCAGACCUGGAUGAAGGUCCAAAUGGGGAAAUCCACUACUCCAUUGAGUUUGGAAAUGAGAAAGGUCAUUUUGUAAUUAAUGAGAAUAAUGGGGAGAUUACACUAGUUAAAGAAAUUGACCUGGUGGACAAUACAAUCCUUGAGUUUGCACUCUAUGUGACUGCAAAAGAUGGGGGUGCUAUAAGCAGAUCAACUUCUGCAAUAGUGAAUGUCAAGGCACCUGGAGAGUCUCAUCCUCAGUUCCUUCGGGACACCUACCAGGGACAAGUAGAGGAGGAUCAGGCAGACGCAGACAUCGUGAAGGUCCUUACAGCACGAACAGAGAUUUCCUUAUAA